AGCGGGCCUGAAUGCGGAGGCCCUCCGGUGACUGGUACGGACGGUUCCCGCCCGCGGGUUCCCGUGCACGUUCAGGGGUGACCGGAACCCUGCUGUCGGAAGUCUUUGCAAAAGGGGAGAAUUUGCGGCCGUCUUCUUCACUAGAAAUGGCUCAUGUGCUCUGUAACAGGGCCAGACUGGUUUCCUAUCUCCCUGGGUUCUGUUCUUUAGUGAGAAGAGUUAUCAAUCCAAAAGCCUUUUCAACUGCAGGGUCUUCAGGGUCUGAUGAGUCUCAUGUGGCCACUGCACCCCCGGAUAUAUGCUCCCGAACAGUGUGGCCUGAUGAAACUAUGGGACCAUUUGGACCUCAGGAUCAGAGAUUCCAGCUUCCUGGGAACAUGGGCUUCGACUGUCACCUCAAUGGUACUACUUCACAGAGGAAAAGCUUGAGCCAUAAGACUUUGCCUGAUGUUUUAGCAGAGCCCCUUUCAACAGAAAGACACGAAUUUGUAAUGGCACAGUAUGUGAAUGAGUUUCAGAGCAGCGAUGCACCUGCUGAACAGGAAAUUAACAGUGCGGAAACUUACUUUGAAAAUGCCAGAGUUGAGUGUGUGAUCCAAACAUGUCCAGAACUGCUGCAAAGAGAUUUUGAGUCACUUUUUCCAGAAGUGGCUAAUAACAAACUAAUGAUUCUGACUGUGACACAGAAAACUGAAAAUGACAUGACUGUUUGGAGCGAAGAGGUAGAACUUGAAAGAGAGAUGCUCUUGGAGAAGUUCAUUAAUGGUGCUAAGGAAAUUUGCUAUGCUCUUCGGGCUGAAGGAUAUUGGGCUGACUUCAUUGACCCAUCAUCUGGUUUGGCAUUUUUUGGACCCUAUACAAACAACACACUUUUUGAAACAGAUGAACGUUACCGGCAUUUAGGGUUCUCCGUUGAAGACCUUGGCUGCUGUAAAGUGAUUCGUCACAGUCUCUGGGGCACUCACGUGUUUGUAGGAAGUAUCUUCACCAAUGCCACAGCAGACAGCCAUAUCAUGCAGAAGCUCAGUGGAAACUAGCCAUGCCCUGUGAUUACUGCAACUCUGUCUGUCCGUAAUGGAGUGCUCUGUAUAAACACUGCUGAGGAACUCAGCUUCUAUGGGAUCUGGUUUCUAGGUAUUUAUUUCAUCAUUUAUGGGUUUACAUCGGCAGGUGGCUUAGAGUGCAAUAUUGCAAAUGCUACUCAUAUUCUGGAGUAUGUGUUGAACACACCCACAUUCUGCAGAAUGUGGUCAUCUACAUGUAACCAGGGUAUGUAUGGUCUCUUAUUGUUAAUUCUCCCCUUUAUUGGGAAAACCUUAUUAGUUUAAUUAUUUUUUCCAAAAAUAAAUCACACAUUUGCCUAUGGUA